CAUUUCCACCUGGGUUCCUCAGAUUGUUACUUUUCUUUAAGUUUGUUCUGUAAAAUGUAUUUAAAGACUUUUAUUCAGAGAUACUCCUAUAUUCUAGGGAUUCUUUUGUGUUAAACAGUGAAUGUCGUCUAACCACAUGAGAGAAUUUCUGUGUUGUAUUAUGCGCAGCUUAAAUAGCCUCAGUUAACUUUCAGAUUUCACCUUAGGGGAAUAGAGCAGAAGCCCGACACAAAAUUGUUUCUUUUUUGCCCCUUAAAUCCUGUAUACAGCUAAAUGUUCUUAAUCAUGUUGUAGUUUUACAUUAAUUUUCCACUUGAUUACUUUGGGAUUGAAAAUGAAACAUGUUGCUAACAGUCAGCCUGAGUUGAUGAAACUUAGAACAUAAUCACCUUUGAUAACAGUACUCUUUGAGGUUGCCCAGCAGAUGCCAACAAAGAAGUGAUGGUACUACUGAAAAUAUAUUCACUGUUUCUCACUUCACAGCAAAGUUCCUGCGUUCGUCAGGAUGAUUGCUCCGGAGGGCUCCUUGGUGUUUCAUGAGAAAGCCUGGAACGCGUACCCCUACUGUAGAACAAUUGUAACGAAUGAAUAUAUGAAAGAUGAUUUCUUCAUUAAAAUUGAAACAUGGCACAAACCAGACUUGGGAACAUUAGAAAAUGUACACGGUUUAGAUCCGAACACAUGGAAAACUGUUGAAAUUGUCCACAUAGAUAUUGCAGAUCGAAGUCAAGUUGAACCAGCAGACUACAAAGCUGAUGAAGACCCAGCAUUAUUCCAGUCAGUCAAGACCAAGAGAGGCCCUUUGGGACCCAACUGGAAGAAGGAGCUGGCAAACAACCCUGACUGUCCUCAGAUGUGUGCCUAUAAGCUGGUGACCAUCAAAUUCAAGUGGUGGGGACUGCAAAGCAAAGUAGAAAACUUCAUUCAGAAGCAAGAAAAAAGGAUAUUUACAAACUUUCAUCGCCAGCUUUUUUGUUGGAUUGACAAGUGGAUUGAUCUGACAAUGGAAGACAUUAGGAGAAUGGAGGAUGAAACUCAGAAAGAACUAGAAACAAUGCGUAAGAAGGGUUCCGUCCGAGGCACGUCGGCUGCUGAUGUCUAGAUGAGUCCCCUGUAGGGUCAGAGACAAUAUCAAACUGUUUACGUAAUCAAGGUCAAGUGAGGGGAACAAGUGCCGCCAGUGAUGAGUGAAGAAGAAUCUGACCAGUAUCUUGCAGUGUUGACGUUUCCCAGAUGUGUGCUUGUGAUGAUGUACUCACACGCACAGGUUCCCAACCACAUGUAUAUAUAUGUGUGUGUGUGUAUAUAUCUGUAGCUGUAUAUAAAACGCAUGUAGAGCUACAGAUCAAGAUACACACACUUGUGUAUAUAUGUACAUACAAACAUACUGAAAGGAUUAGUACAAUUUCUCCAAAGUACUGUACCUAUCUUCAAGAAUGCAAAAGAAAAUAUUUUCAAUAUAUAUACCUGGAACAGAUUUUAAUAAUUAUCAGAGUAAUACCAUUAAUGGACAAAUUGACUGCAAUGUAAUACUAGCUGGUAUGUUUCAUAAAUGUCAAAUUGUGGACCAAUAUAUAUAGCCUUUUAUUACUUUUCUGUUCUUUUAAAUCUUGCUGUUCUUUUAAAUCUUAAUAUUUUUAUUUUAGUCCCAUAAGCAACAGACUCCCACAGAAAAAUUUAUUCAAAAUCUUUUGGUAUUCCAGUGAAUCUGGAAUGUAAACUCUGAAUGUAUUUAUAAUGAUUUAUUUCUGGAUGGUUAUUAUCUUAAAUUCAAAUUGGACAAUGUCUAUUAGUAAGGAGUAUAGUUACCAGCCAAUUUUUACUUGUUUGCCCUGAGGGAAAAAAUCCUUUAAAAAAAAAAAAUUCUGGUUUUUAUUGGAUUUUUGUAUUUUAAAUUUCAAUAUUUUUCUACAUCAAACCUAGCAAAAAUGGAGAUGAUGGUUUGUGAUUUAUAAUAAACACUUACACAAUUUUCAGGCUCCUGUUAGGCAAACAAAGAAAUUGAUGAAGAAAUGAAUAGCAUCGUAGGCUGUAGGAAAACUUUUGGAAGUAGAGCACUUCCAUGGAGUCUUGUUUCUGAAAUGACUGUUUUCUGAAAUUAGAGCUUGGAGACUAUGCAAAUGAUCUAGAUUCCUCACAGCUGACACGCUAGAAUACAGAUAGUGGUGACGGUUUUGGUUUUGGUUUUUUUGUGCUUUUCAUAGUGAAAUACGCCCCGCGGGGGAGGCGCCGCCUUUGAGAUAGCGGAAUUUCAGAGGCAGCACAGGCUGGUCUCCUUGCCUGGGAGGCCCCGCUGAGGGGCCAGUUCGCCGCCACCCAUGGGGAGGUGCUCUCUAGUAGGACGCCAUUGGAACCUGUCACGUGUGAGCAUCGUGAACGUGCUGGUUGGCAGCCGCUGCCACCUUGUCCUCCUCCUCCUUCCUUCUUUAAGAAAGGAGCCAUAGCUAGGUAAGAUUUUUAUCAGCUCUCUCUGUCCAAAUCCGGUUUUUCUCCCGUCAGUCCUGGAAGCUUGACUAGAAAGAUACUGUUGAAGCCUUCUGGUCACAAACUGUCUUCUUUAACCUCUCGUCCUUCCUGCAACACACUGGCCCCUGUAGUCCUAUCACGUUUGUAAUCUGAUUUGCUGACAGUCCUGCCCGCCCUGCUCCUCAUUUUCCCAUACGCCCUGUGUCCCCACUGAGGUGGUGGCAGUGAGUCAGACGAGGGUGUUGAGGAUCACUGCCGCACCGCGAUGCCCUCUUCGCCUUGGCUCCGAACCCCACGUCAAAUAUGUCCUCUGUGUACUCAGGAUCAAGACUGAUGUUUACUCUCUGGGCACUGUUAUAAGAUAGGUGUUGUCAAAGCAUAAUCAUUGUCUGCAAAGUGUUUGGUGCAAGGAAGAUUAUUGCUAAUUUUGUGAAAUAAAGAGUCUCGCCCUCUCCUUUUAAUGGACUAAACUCUCACUGGCAUCUGUAGCUUCGUUGGGAGCUUGGGCGCACAUGGAAAUCCAUGCCCAGCGCACGGAUUCUAAUGUUUUCCUAACAACUGUGGAGAUUUGAGGGAAUGUGUGGUGAAUGUAAAAUAUCUAGUUUACUUGGCAGUCUCUUGUGUAAAUUACAGUAAAACAAAGUAAAUGAAAUUGAAACAAAAAAUAAAUUUGAUCACAAAAUGCCA